CUUCGAUAACUUUUGCAAUUCGUCGUGUGUCGCCGUUCUACAUUUUCUAAAUCUAUGCGUUAAUUAGUUCUACAUUAAGCGUAAAAAACUUAUUUUAUAAUUAUUUCGAGUUUAGUAACAACCCAGAUAUUGAAUACUUAGUGAAUGUUAAUGAUUUUGUAGCUGUUAUGUUACUUAACAUUAGUGUUUGGCAAACACACAAACUGUGGCUCAAAAGCGGCAGCACCCACAUAAAAUUGCGGCCACGGGACUGACGAAAAACUACAAAAUACAGAAGCACGCGAGCCUGCCCUGCAAACACACACAUACGCAAUACAAACCAUGGCACAAUUGAAGAAACUACACAUGGCCGACAGAAUAGAAAGUCUGGAGAAGCUGACUAAAAUUCCAGAUGUGCGUAACAAGAGCAUGAAAAUUUUACUAAACACGGCUCGUAAGCUGUACUUGACCGCUGAGGAUUAUUGCCGGGAGGGAGAUCAAGAAUUGGCCUAUAUCAACUAUAUGAAGUAUUUCAACAUGCUGUCGGUCAUACGCGACAAAUCUGAUUACAAUCAACACAAACUGACGGUGCGACAAGUGCUCGGCGACACGGAGUCAAAUCGGCGUAUAAUGGACACACUGGAGCUCAUUAGCAAAUCGCUUAGUACACGCUAUGAACAGCUACUGCUGCCAACGAGCAUGAAUGGCGGGGAUUCAAUUAGUUUGCCGUCGCCAGCACUGGAACCAAUUAGCGAGACUAGGUCAUUGGCCAAAAUGACUUCGACAUAUGCCCAAUUGGGUGUUAUUAGCUGUGAGGCACUCUUCCAACGUAUGCAGCUGAAAUCUGUGCUGGUCAUGGAUUGUCGCAGCAGCUCCGAUUAUGACAACUCCCAUUUGACCUACUAUUGUGCAUUUAAUGUGCCCGAAGAGCUGAUAACGCCCGGCAUGUCGGCGGGUAAACUACAAGCGCGCCUAAGCAGCAGCGCCAAAGCUGCGUGGGCAUCGCGAUCUGUUAAGGAGUCGGUUGUGCUGAUGGACUGGAACACCAAAGAUGCUCAACCUGCGACCAAUUCAGCAAUAUAUACUCUGUUGGACAUACUGAAAAAUUGGGAUCCAGAUGUUACUUAUCGCUCGCCCAUACAAAUUUUGGAGGGUGGCUACGAGUUUUUCAUCAUGAUGUAUCCGACGCAUUGUACCAAUCCAAGCGUCCAAGCGCCGCAGCAGAACAACAAUGACAUCGAAACGAUUGAUGACAUCGAAUAUCCAUCCAUAAAUGAUAUAACAAUGAAGGAGGAUAUUAUGAAUGCGCCCAAUGUGAAGCACAAGCAAAGACCCAGCAUUAAUCGUGCCAAUAAACCAGCUGCCGUGCGCACCUACGAUCAAAGUCCACCAAAUCAGCAGCAGCAACAGCAGCCGCUUGAGCCACUGGAAAAUCCUAUCAAUGAGAUCAUACGCGAUCAGACGGUGUUGCUGCAGCGGGCACAUCAUAACGAUAUGCUACUUGACACGGCGGCCAAGAAGUGGCAAAGCAUAUUCGAGCUAAAGCAAUUGCAUGCCGAAGGCGCAGUCCUAAGCAAUCAUGAGCAAGAGGUGCUCUACAAUAUAUUGCAGCUGGAAAGCAAAGCGGAGGACUAUAAAAUGGAAAACAAUCGACUACGUGAUGAGCUGAAUCGUUAUAAAGAGCAAAAUACACUGAAAUAUUUGCAAAAUGAUGACGAGGCAACCAGACGCAUUGAAUCGAAGAUACAGGAACGUCAGCAGCUGGACGAACAGCACGAACGGGACCGUCUCGAGCGUGAACAACAACUGUCAAUUGCACGCGCAGCCAAAAAGCAUUAUAAGCCACCAGCAGAACCCAUUAUAGCCCGGCCACCCACGCCCUCAGACGACACAUCGAAUAGUACAAGCAGCGAGCUACAGCAUUCGAUUGCAUACGAUGAGCCAACAAGCCGACCCGUCUAUGAUCGGUCGACGAAACCGCAGAGCCGCAACGUGGAGACGACAGCCCCACGAGUCCGUGAUUUCUCGCCUGUGCUUGGGCACAAUGUGGGUCGCGGCUUAACGGGUCUCAAGAAUCUGGGCAAUACUUGCUAUAUGAACAGCAUACUGCAGUGUCUGAGCAAUACGCCGCAGCUAAUGGAGUUCUGCAUAUCAGACAAAUACAAGAACCAUAUAUGCCGACGUAACAAAACGAAUGGACAGGUCAUCGAAGAGGUGGCCGCGCUUAUCAAAGAGCUGUGGAACGGACAAUAUAAAUGCGUGGCCAGUCGAGAUUUACGAUACGUUGUGGGGCAGUAUCAGAAGAUCUUUCGCGGCGUUGAUCAACAGGAUUCCCAUGAAUUUUUAACCAUACUCAUGGACUGGCUGCAUUCCGAUUUGCAGACGUUGCGUGUACCGCGACAGCGAGAUGUUAUCAGUGCCUCAGAGAAAGCGUGGCUGCAGUUUACCAAAUCGCAGGAGAGUCUAAUACUGCAUUUAUUUUAUGGUCAGAUCAAGAGCACCGUCAAGUGUGUAACCUGCACCAAAGAGUCAGCCACAUACGAGUGUUUUUCGAAUCUCAGCCUGGAACUACCGGCAAAUGCAAAUCUGUGCUACCUCAAUCAGUGCAUGGACAUGUACUUCAGUGGCGAGAAAAUUCAUGGCUGGAAUUGUCCCAACUGUAAAACGAAACGGGAUGCCAUCAAGAAAUUGGACAUUUCCAAGUUGCCGCCAGUGUUGGUUGUGCAUUUAAAGCGUUUCUAUGCGGACCCCAGCAACACGGGCUCAUAUAUUAAGAAGCAAAACUAUUUACAAUUUCCGCUGGAUAAUCUGGAAAUGAAACCGUAUAUAGCACGUGCCGAAUCGCGUGCCGUUACGCCCAAAACAUACCAACUGUAUGCCGUGUCCAAUCACUACGGCACUAUGGAGGGUGGACAUUAUACAGCAUUCUGCAAGAGCGCCAACUAUGGACGUUGGUAUAAGUUCGAUGAUCAAGUUGUUUCACCGCUUGACGCAUCGAAUGUCGUCUCGAGCGCAGCGUAUAUAUUAUUUUAUACCUGGCUGCCACCUAUGCAGCUCUCAAUAUCAUAGUCCACAAGUGAAACAUUAUUUUUUUGCUCCCCUUUCAAAUUUAUUUAUAUAUUUUCUGUCUGUUAUUAGAUUUUCUCCGCUUUUAAGAUCUAGUCGCUUCACCAAUUUACAGCAAACUGUUGCUUAUUUAAAUUAAUGCUUGUUUGUUGUUGUUUAAUUUUGGAC